AUGUUGUACGGCGAACCACUGGUUCCUAUUCCUGCGCAUCCUACAAUUGCCCCGAGUUGUGAAACAUCGGACAAAAAGGAAUCUACGCCGAAGCUGACUUCGCAGGAUAUGGUCAAGUCCAACCAAUUCUUGGAGAAUGAUGGUUUGCAGGAUGUACUCGAAGCGCAGCUGAAUGACUCUGGAAGUACUGUACAAAGCGUUGAAAUGCUGGGGUUCAAUGCAGUUCCGAAGUCUCCCGCUGUUGCUCCAGAGCCGUCAGAUCUCCCAGAUCCGAGCUUGAUGUUCACAGGAUUAUGUUCUGAUGAUUUUUUCCUAAACAAUCAGAAUUGGGUCCAGUCGGCUACUCAAUCCUCAUCCUGCUGCACUAAUUCCACGACGGAGGGAUCUGCGGUUCCAGCACAGGGUGUUUCGGGUGACGAGCUGCUCAUUCAGCUAGAUACCGAAAACACAAGUUUGAGGAAUCAACGUGAGAAAGCCACAUUCAUGUUGACUCCUGAAAUGUCACCUGUGGAGCAUUCAUCAGUUCCCGCUAGUUCAACAGUGGGAGUUCCACCUCACGAGACUUCCUCAACAUCCUCAGAAAAGGGACUCACAACGUGCACUAGUGAAAUCAACGCUGCCAAUCAUUCGCUGGAUGAUGUAUCCAAGCCCGAAACAUCGCGAGAACCUGUAGAUCGAGUCUCAUCAGCGAAGGAAGACUCUCCGCUAAAUCCGUCGUCAUUAGAAUCCGCCGGUGAAUCGGAUCCUUCCAUGAAACUACUAGAGCAAGCCGGAAUCUUUCCUAUUGAUAUACUCCAGACAAUGCCUGAAAAAUUGGAAGAGAAUGGAUCACAGCCCUCACGAAGUUCUGGUGUUAAUGAUCCUCGCUCGACAUUCGAAUCAACACCGACCUGCUUUCGUGUGUCGCAAGUGGAUGCUGCGCUGGGGUCACAGCCCUCGCAAACAAAAUCAACUGGUGAACCCAAUGGAAGAUCGGCUGCUCCACAUGAUUCUCAAGCGAACGAAAUUAACUCGAAGCUGACACCAAGUGUACUGGAUGGUCUCAAGUUCCCAGACAUAGAUGCAACUGUCAUUCAAUAUCUCACCUUCAUUCGUAAACAAGUCAUGGACUACCAUGAAAAUCAAGGAGUAAUUCCGAGGUUGGAAAAUAUCCUUGCUUGUUUGCGUGAAACUAUUUCGAAUGAGUGGAUUGAUUAUGUGUUGUACUACAUCUCAGAUGUGAGCGUUAUGCCAGUCGAUGGACAGGUUUGA